GUCGUGAAACCCCGCGCCGACCAACUGGUUAGACUCAUCUAGGCUUUCAUUUCGAGUCAAAUGCAAAGCCCGAGAAGCCAUGAAUAAGAACAGGCCUUAAGUUUUACAGCAACAUUUAACCCACGAUUUGAAAGUACGCGCAUUCAGCAGAACUAAUACCCCACCAUCAUUUUGACGAUCCAAUCCUCGCCUUCAGUAUGGCGCCUGUACUUUGCGCCAAUUGCAAGACUGAGCGAGCGCUCAUUAAACGGCCCAAGAACCACGCAAAGCUGUGCAAGGCUUGCUUCAUUAGAGUUUUCGAGGACGAAGUACAUCACACCAUCACAUCAUCGCGGCUCUUCUAUCCCGGGGAGAAGGUGGCAAUAGGAGCCUCUGGCGGCAAGGACUCGACCGUCUUGGCCUCUGUUCUCAAGACGCUAAAUGAGCGACACGGCUAUGGACUCGAGCUGGUUCUCUUGAGCAUAGAUGAAGGCAUCAAAGGGUACCGUGACGACUCGCUGGAGACAGUCAAGCGGAAUGCCGUGCAGUACGACAUGCCGCUCACGGUAGUCGGCUAUGACGAGCUGUACGGCUGGACGAUGGACCAGGUCGUCGAGACCAUCGGCAAGAAGGGCAACUGCACAUACUGCGGCGUCUUCCGCCGGCAGGCACUCGACCGUGGCGCAAAGAUGCUGGGCAUCAAGCACGUUGUGACGGGCCACAAUGCCGACGAUGUCGCCGAGACGGUUCUCAUGAACCUCCUCCGCGGCGAUCUGGCCCGUCUCUCUCGGAGUACCAGUAUCGUCACAGGAGACGACCAGUCUGAAGUCAAGAGAAGCAAGCCUCUUAAAUACUCGUAUGAGAAGGAAAUCGUCCUUUAUGCUCAUCAUAAGAAGCUCGACUACUUCAGCACAGAGUGCAUAUACAGCCCUGAGGCGUUUCGCGGGAGCGCUAGAAGCCUUAUCAAGCAGUUGGAGAGAGUACGUCCGACUGCCAUUCUGGACAUAGUUCGAAGUGGAGAAGACAUGGCCAGGCUAGUCCCCGGGGAGCCGCUGUCCUCGUGCGCUUGCAAGGGACAGAAGACGGCUUCCUUGGUGCCUGCAGAGGACGAUCUCGGCGGGUGCGGCUCGCAGAACGGGCGGACGCCAGGAGACGAGAUGGCUGCCAUGGACAAACAGCUGAGGGAGAAUGAAGCGCACGAGGGGCUCGAGAUUGACGUUGCCAAGGAAAUGUCCGAGAGCAAGAAGAACGGGGGCGAGAAACAGAAGGCCCUCCCCAUAAGAAAUGGCAACGGUGCAUCGAAGGGUGUCGCUCGUCAGGUUCGUGGAAACUGCAAGCGCUGCGGUUACAUGUCGAGUCAGGAUAUAUGUCAGGCGUGCAUGCUCCUCGAAGGCUUGAAUAAGAAUCGGGCCCGGAUACAAUUAUAGAGAUUGAGUAUUGGAGGUGCUGAAGAGCGGUACGGAAUUCUGUGAUUGUCUCUGCGUGGAGGGCGUAUGGUGGCCUACUGAAUACUCCCCUGGAGCUAUCCUCCCAUCGCACAUGCCCCUCGAAUGCGUCUCGCUCUACGACAUCCUCUUCUCGACCCUCCAGGGGUUGUUUAAUUCGAACCCGGGCGGCGCUAUCGGGUUGUCUGUUUGCCCUCGCAGGUAUCCAGUGAGUCUCCUGUCGCGGUCCAUCACUGUUCCGAGUCGUCAGCAAACCAGG